AUGGGUGGAAGAAUUAUUGCACCUACAACUCGAGGACGAGGUCCGUAUAAUUACAAAAUUGGAGGACAAAAUCAUCACUUGAUAGGUAGUUUGUUGCCUCCUAAUGGUGCACGGCCUAAGUUUUCUCAACUUUACAUAUACGAUACGGAGGAUGAAGUUAGGAAUAGAAAAACUGCUGCAAGUACCAAUAAAUCUGACAAGUUCGAGGAUCGCUUAGUCGCACAAUUACAAGAUAUGAUAGAUCAAAAUAACCCUUUAGCUAAAACUUUUAGAAUGGCUAGGGAUAGUGGUAUAUACAGUAGAAUUCCAAAAGCGUGGUUUGCGCAUGCGCAUAUUUUGUUGUUCAUGCAUCAACAAGACAAGUACCCUGUAGCUUCAGAUAUUGAUAAGAUUAUUUCUACCGAGUUGCCCGAUGAAGGUGAAGAUCCAGAACUAUAUCAAGCCAUCACCGAGUUCAUGAUGCACGGUCCAUGUGGCGCAGCAAACACAAAUGCACCGUGCGAAGAGAUAAUCGGAUCUACAGUUGAUAAGGGUGGAGUUCAUCUUGACAAUAGGUAUGUUGUUCCAUAUAAUGCUAAAUUGCUACGUAAAUAUCGAGCACAUAUCAAUGUUGAGUGGUGUAACCAGUCAAGAUCAAUUAAGUACCUGUUCAAAUAUAUAAACAAGGGGUAUGAUAGGGUUACUGCUACGACAUACCAAGAUAAACAGAAAGAAGGUGAAGGGAAAGAAAUCGACGAGAUAAAGAUGUACUAUGAUUGCCGAUACAUUUUGGCUUGCGAGGCAAUUUGGAGGAUUUUUGGAUUCAACAUCCAUUAUCGAACUCCUGCUGUGGAGAGGCUAAGUUUCCAUCUACCAGGAGAGCAAACUGUUUUGUUUAAUGACCAUGCUGAUGUAGAAUCCAUACUAGACAGCCCAUAUCGACAAUACGAAAUUCCUAUCUUGGAUGAAAUGUAA